GUUUAACCUUCCUCGACCAGCACUUUCAUGUCUCAAGCAGUAGGCAAUACCGCCCUUGCUUACGCACGAGUAUGGCAUCAUGUCAAUGCCAAUGACCGCGUUCUCGGAAAACUGGCGGAACGAAUAGCUCUCGUGCUCAUGGGCAAGCACAAGCCGGUAUACGACAAGAGCUUGGACUGUGGUGACUAUGUUGUGGUUACAAACGCAAAACACAUCAAGGUGACCGGUCGUAAAGACGAACAGCUGGUGUAUCGCAAGCAUACGAUGUUCCCUGGUGGUUUAAAAGAGACCGAGUACAAGGAUAUGAUGGAGAAAAAGCCUUAUGAGAUCAUACGGCACGCAGUGUCAGGCAUGUUACCCAAAAACAAGCUCCGAGAACGUCGAUUAGCACGACUCAAAGUAUUUGGAGGGUCGAAUAUGGGGAUAUAUAGAGGGAACAUUUUGAAGCGAUGGGAGGAUGGGACACUGACGGAAGAUUAUAUUUUGAAGCUGGAUCCGAAGAAUAGGAUGAAGGCUAAGUAAAGUAUUUCUCCUCGUCUAUGUAUGUUGCUCGCGAUCUAAUUCAUUU